AUGGUGAAUACAAUCAAUGCUAUAAAUCGAAGUGGCAAAACAGUAAAAUUGGGUUUCUUCCGAAAUCAUGCUGCUUUUCGUCCAUCAUUUGAAGCGGAAAAAACUAUUCUAUUGAGACGAAAUCAAAGUCUAUCAGUAAGACUUGACAAUGGAUGGGAAGGUCGUGUGCAAAGAAUAACUGGUGCAUCAAAUGAUCCUGCAACAUGGGCUGAAGUUCAUUUCAAUGCAUGGCAUAACAUGACUUUUGCAGAUAUCAGUUUUAUACGAGGAUAUAAUGGCUCCAUGGUUUUUUCUACUAAUGAUGGCUCUUUACAUACCGGCACAAGAGAUAAUCUAUACAGAGGUGCCCCAUAUCGAUGCAAACGAAGAGAUUCAGGAGGGAAUUAUGUUCUCGAUGCUACGGAACCAUACGGUGGUGGACAAAAUGGUGAGCUAAUUGCUUACUAUCGUUCUCGAGUACCAACAGGACAUGGUUAUAUUGUUCCCAACGACCAUGCUAGCUCACAUGGAACAAGACGUACGGACAUCAACCUUAAAAUUUAUUAA